UUGGGCAAAAUUACAACUGAGAAACACGGAUACAAAAAAGCAAGGAAAACCGACGACGAUGAUCGAAGAAGAGAUCUGAAAAGCUACGGGUGAUGAGAACACAAGGUCAAACGAUUAACUCUGGCGGUAACAAAGGCGACUCCUUUGCGGUUACACUCCGACGCCGAGAACAUUGACCGGAGUUACCGGUUCCUGUCGCCGAGCCGUCGCCGAAGUAAACCAGACCCAAAACAUCCUUCCCAGACUCGUUGACUUAUAGACACCCAUUCCCUAACCCUUUAACUCCCAUACCUAGCAAGAAAAAAGGUUACUAAUCGAACCCUCAAAUCCAAUCGUCGUCGACACCGUUUUCCUCACCAGCCGACUCCACCUUCAAUCCGUUCCGGCAAAGACCAAACAAGGUUUCAGAAAGACUGUGGCUCAACAGACCUGUGAACCAAAACCCAGAGAAACCUUUAGAUCUAAAAAUUAGAUCGCCAAGACACGCAGCCUUUAGAUCUGUUUAAUGUCUUCAGGUUUGUAUAAAGCUGUAGGCUGUAGCUAGCUAAUUAGAGUUUUCAGGGUGAGGUUAGAUCAUGGAUGUUAGCGAGCUCGAGGAGAAUUUGUUCGCUGCUAGCGAUGCCAAGUUACAUAGAGAUAUGUGCAAGGAACUAUCUGCAGUUUAUUGCAAGGUAUUGUCCAUCUUCCCGUCGUUGGAAGAAGCAAGACCUCGGAGUAAAUCAGGGAUUCAAGCCUUGUGUUCGUUACAUAUUGCACUUGAAAAGGCUAAGAACAUUCUUCAACACUGUUCUGAGUGUAGCAAACUUUAUUUGGCCAUUACUGGGGAUGCUGUACUAUGAAAAUUUGAGAAAGCAAAAUCUGCACUUAUCGAUAAUCUUAGACGCGUGGAGGACAUUGUUCCUAGCUCAAUUGGGUCUCAGAUUUUGGACAUUGUUGGUGAACUAGAGCACACCAAGUUCUUACUUGAUCCAUCAGAGAAGGAAGUUGGUGAUAGCAUAAUUGCACUAUUGCAACAAGGGAAGAAAUUUGACAACGGCAAUGACAGCACCGAACUUGAAAUUUUUCACCAGGCAGCUACUAGAUUAAGUAUAACUUCUUCUAGAUCAGCUCUGGCGGAGCGGCGUGCUUUAAAGAAACUCAUUGACAGGGCACGUGUGGAAGAAGACAAGCGAAAGGAGUCAAUUGUGGCUUACCUCUUGCAUCUCAUGAGAAAAUACUCCAAGCUAUUCAGAAGUGAGAUGUUGGAUGAGAAUGAUUCUCCGUGUUCAACACCAUGUUCCCCCACUGGUCAAGGUUCUAAUGAAGAUCGUGUUAAUGCGUUUGGGCGUCAACUAUCCAAGUUUGGUUCUAUUAACUAUAAGCCUAUGAACAGUAGGAAACCAGGACAGAUGCCCAUCCCACCAGAAGAACGUAGGUGUCCCAUAUCUUUGCAGCUUAUGUGUGAUCCUGUCAUUAUUGCUUCUGGACAGACUUAUGAACGGGUUUGUAUCGAGAAAUGGUUCAGUGAUGGACAUAAUUCUUGCCCCAAGACUCAGCAGCAGCUCCCACAUCUUUCCCUAACUCCCAAUUACUGUGUUAAAGGUCUGAUUGCGAGCUGGUGUGAGCAGAAUGGAAUCUCAGUCCCCAAUGGACCACCAGAAUCUCUUGACCUCAACUACUGGAGACUAACCAUCUCUGACUCUGAAUCCCCCAAUUCAAAGUCAGUUGAUAGUGUAGGAUCGUGCACACCGAAGGUUGUUAAAAUCGUUCCUUUGGAGGAGAGUAGUACUAUUGAAUCUGAACGACAACAAAAAGAAGAAAACAAUGAUCUUGUUGUCAAUGAUGAGGUGGAUUCUGAAAUCAAUGUUCUAGAGGGGUAUCAGGAUAUAUUGGCAAUCUUGGACAAAGAGGAGGACUUGGCUAAAAAGUGCAAAGUAGUAGAAAAUGUCAGGCUAUUGCUAAAGGAUAAUGAAGAGGCCAGGAUCCUCAUGGGGGCCAAUGGGUUCGUUGAAGCAUUUUUACAGUUUCUAGAAUCAGCUGUUCAUGAAAACAAUGCAGCCGCUCAGGAAACCGGAGCUAUGGCUCUAUUUAAUUUAGCAGUGAACAAUAACAGGAACAAAGAGUUGAUGCUGACUUCAGGGGUCAUCCCACUGCUGGAGAAAAUGAUUUCUUGUUCCCAAUCCCAAGGGCCAGCAACUGCAUUGUAUCUAAACCUCUCAUGCCUCGAGGAAGCCAAACCUGUGAUUGGCUCAAGCCAAGCAGUUCCCGUUUUCGUGAAUCUUCUUCUUCAGGAAACCGAAACCCAAUGCAAGCUGGACGCCCUUCACGCCCUUCACGCCCUCUACAACCUCUCCACCUACUCUCCAAAUAUUCCCACUCUUCUUUCAUCAAAUAUUAUCAAAAGCCUCCAAGUCCUUGCAUCAACAGGUAACCACUUGUGGAUAGAGAAGUCAUUAGCCGUGUUACUAAACCUAGCCUCUAGCCGGGAAGGGAAAGAAGAGAUGAUAUCAACACAAGGAAUGAUCAGCACUCUUGCAACGGUGCUAGACACCGGUGACACGGUUGAACAAGAGCAAGCAGUUUCUUGCCUUGUGAUCCUAUGUACGGGAAGUGAGUCGUGUAUCCAGAUGGUGCUACAAGAAGGAGUGAUUCCAUCUCUGGUUUCGAUAUCAGUGAAUGGAAGUCCCCGAGGAAGAGACAAGUCUCAGAAGCUUCUGAUGCUGUUCAGGGAACAAAGGCAAAGAGAUCAGCCAUCACCAAAGAGAGAUGAAGCUCCCAGGAAAACCGUAUCGGCACCAAUGGCUAUACCUGCGCCAGUUUCAGCUCCAGAGUCAGAAGUAAAACCUUUGACUAAAUCAAUCUCCAGAAGGAAGACAAUGACAAGACCAUUCAGUUUCCUCUGGAAGAAAAGCUACUCGAUCCACCAUUAAGAAGAAAAGAUAGGUUUUACAGUCUCCUAUGUAAAGUUGCUUUUUCUUUCGUCUUUUACCUUUUACAAGUCAUCUGCAUAGAGACGAUAGAUUUGUACAGGUCUCAUUGUGAUCACACCAUUUUUGCUAACUACUCCUCUCUCACGAGAGGUAUCUAUGUCUACUGAUGUUUCAGGUUUUA